GCUGUACCAAUGGAGUCUCUCUCAGUGUCAACCAACAGCUUCACUCUGGACCUUUACAAAAAGCUGAAUGAAACCUCCAAAGGCCCAAACUUUUUCUUUUCUCCAAGGAGUAUUGCAACUGCUCUUGCCAUGGUCUACCGGGCUGCAAAAGGUGAUGCUGCAACCCAGAUGGCUGAGGUUCUUCAUUUUCACCAGACUGCAGGAGAUGAAGGUUUGUUUGAGACAAGGCCUUCUCUGGGGAGACCAAGGAAAAGAAAGAUGGAUCCUGAACACAAGCGAGCUAAAAACAUCCCCUCUGGUUUCAAAAAGCCCGUGUGCCAUCAAACCAGAAGCAUGUACGUGCUGAAGAGUGCCAACCGACUGUAUGAGGAAAAGACCUUCCUGUUACUGCCUAAAUUCUUACAGGUCAUUACAAGCUAUUACAUCCAUAAAAGGAAGAAGGCACAAUUAAAAUUGGCAAGUUACAUAGUCAUGAUAGAGUAACAGUCCUAUUUGUCUGAUUUUGAAGGGAAAAUCCAGUAUCUGCUGCCUGCAGGAUCUCUCAAUUCUCACACUGUAUUGGUCUUAGUAAAUGCCAUUUAUUUCAAAGGAAACUGGGAAAAGAAAAUUCUGGAGAAAAAUACUUCUGAGAUGCUGUUCAGACUGAGCAAGACCAAGACUAAACUAGUACAGAUGAUGUUUCUGAGAGAUACAUUUUUGAUACUCCAUGAAACAACCAUGAAAUUCAAAAUAAUUGAGCUGCCAUACGUGGAAAAUGAACUCGGCAUGUUUGUUCUCCUGCCAGAUGACAUCAAUGAUAACACCACUGAUCUGGAGCUGGCUGAAAGAGAGCUGACCUGUGAGACACUGGCUGAAUCAACCAAAUCAACCAGCAUGAUGAGAGCUGAAGUGGAUCUGUACCUGCCCAAGUUGAAGCUGGAAGAGAAUGAUGACCUUAAAUCCACUUUGAGCCGCACAGAGAUACAAAACGCUUUUGACCCUGUUACAGCUGAUUUCACAGGGAUGUCAGCUAAGAAGGGUUUCAUCUCCGAAGUUAUUCACAAAGCUUUCGUGGAAAUCAAUGAAGGUGGUACUGGGGCAGCAGCUGCCGCAGGUGUCCUGGUGCUGAGAUCCAAAGCACCAACAAGGACUUUUAAAGCUGACCACCCUUUCCUCUUCUUCAUCAAACACAACAAAUCACAACCUAUCCUCUUCGUUGGCAGAUUCUGCUCACCCUAG